AUGAUAUGUGAAUUGCAGGCUGUACAAUGGCGUAUCCAUCCGGCAGGGGGCGAAAGUUCAGUACACAAAAGUGGUCUGACAAAGCCGAUUGCAAACUAUGAUACUCCUCUUGCAAGCCUCUGCUCGCGAGUCCAGGCGUCAUUGUAG